CCUCAAUUCCCAUUUUCAUGUCUUCUCCUCCUCCUCCUUCUUCAUCCUCCUCUUUUACCAAUCUCCUCCUCACCGGCAACAACAACAACAGCAGUAACAGCAGAGAUAUGGACACAAUCGGCUGGGGACUCUACGGAACCGAUCAUCACCUCAACAACAACAGACCUGCAACUGGAGCUGGAGGGCUCGAAAUCCCCAAAUUCAAGUCCUUCCCGCCUCCUUCCUUGCCUCUCUCGCCGCCCCCGCUUUCCCCUUCUUCUUACUUCGCCUUCCCGCCUGGUCUAACCGCAUCGGACCUCCUCGACUCCCCUGUUCUCUUCUCUUCCGCCGCUAAUGUAAGUUUUCUUCUUCCUUCUUCCGGAUUCAACAAACCAACCCACACCCAGUGUCUCAAUCGACUCACGGAAUUCUGGGUCUUGUUUGUUUUUGUCUUCUCAUGUUGUCUGUGUUUCUUUCCGAAAGCAGCUUCUUCCAUCUCCGACCACCGGAGCUUUCGCCGGCCAGAAUACAUUCAACUGGAGGAACGACUAUUCCGGCAACGCGAACAAUCAGCAGCAGCUGCAGCAGAAGGGGAAAGAGGAAACCCAUUCCGAUUUCUCCUUCCAGCCCCAAACCAGGCCCAAUUCUUCCUCUUCAUCGUCAUCCAUCUUCCAGUCUUCCUCCGAAGUCGUCUCCGCGGAUUCAAUCAAGAGGCAACAACAACAACAACAACAACAGGACGCCUGGAGCUUUAACAAGCCG